AAAAUAUACAUGUAACGUAGAAUAUAAAAUUGUUACAACGAUAACUAGUUAGCAGGACGUGUUUAAUCCGUGUUUUUUACGUUACCGGUUCGUUGGAAUACGCUACGUUCAUAUGAAUUCUAUUAGUAGUAGUUCAACAUUUAACCGUGGCGUAGAUAGCGCCAUUAAAACUAAGGAAGAUUUUCAAUCAAAAGAAUACAUUAUCACGUAACUAGAGAAAGGAACCAUUUAAUUUUGGAAGAAGAUUCUAUUAAUCGAAAUUGUACGAAAAUCAAAUGCAGUUGGAUUAAUACUGUGUUAGUAGAGAUUCAGGUUAAUGCUAACGCGAUACGCACCAUUAUUGUAAACACACAUAUGGAUGCACAUGUAAGGCAAAUAUUUCAUUGGUUGGCUCAUAUAAGACACCAAUGAGAUCAGAUAAAUAUAAAAUGAUGUUUCGAACGCGUCAAGAAUUUCUCGUAGACGGUUCCAGUGGUUAUCAGUGAUCAACAAAAUUUAGGAUGUGAUUUUGGUACAACUGAGUGAUCAGCUGUUUAGGUCGUUUCACGAUGACAGACGGAGAAAUCUCGAGGAGGUAACAAUUAACAAUGGAUGAUUCAGUGUUGUGAACGUUUCAUCGAAGUGGCUUCGAACAAUUGGCAAAAAUGGCUAUGAGAAAUUUGACAGAGCCGUACGUUUUGAUGCGGAAUAAUGCGUUGCGGAGUAGACGCAUAUAUCCCGAGCAGAAUCUAUCCGAUCGAACGGCACUGGUAGCUUCGGAGCCCGACAGUUCGGACAACGUAGAGUUAAACAAUAUCAACUUUGAAAAUAGCGCACCACCUGUUUGGAUAGAUGCUUUUGUACAGACGCAAGAGAUUUUAAACAAAUUACGCGUGAAAGUAGACUGUUUGGUAGAAUUGCAAGGGAAACAGUUAACCAGGCCAACGUUGGACGAUACGUCGCAGGAAGAAAGGCAAAUGGAACAACAGACACGAGAAAUUGGACGAUUAUUUUCCAACGGUUACCGACAAGUGCAAAGUAUAAAAACCGCAGCCAGGCAUGCCACUAAAGCCGUCGAGCGUCAAUUAGCGACGAGCGCGGUGUCUGCUCUCUCGGCUGCUCUGCAAGAGCUCGCACUUCGAUACAGGUCCGCUCAAAAUCAUUAUUUGACGCAGAUCAAAUCGAGGGAAGAGAGAAGCAAUCAAUUUUUUACCGAAGAUCAAUCGAUAUUUUCGAACAAUGCCACGAACGAUACAUGGUUAUUUGACUACGAUCAAACGAACGCCGAAUCUUGGUACGAAAACGAACAACGUCAAGACUCUGUACUUUUACAGUUGGAAGAUCCAAAAGAUAGAAUGAAGUUUGCUAUGGAGAGAGAAGAACAAAUUGGCAGCAUAGUGCAGAGUAUAGCGGAUCUCCGACAUAUAUUCGAGGAUUUAACGAAUAUGGUACAGGACCAAGGCACUAUCUUGGAUAGAAUCGAUUAUAACAUUGAACAAACGCAAGUACAAGUGCAGGAAGGUUAUAAACAAUUAAAGAAGGCAGACUCUUAUCAAAGGGCCAAUAAAAAUUUGUACUGCAUAGUUAUUCUUGCCGGAGCUAUUAUUCUGGUUAGUUGUCUUUUCGUUGUAUUCAAAACAUAAGGCAAGAAAAGUAAGGUUUACAUGUAUCGGGGCAAAACUCCGAACCGCUAUACAAUAAAGUUGUUAUAGCUUGAUAUUUCUCGGAUGGAAAUACCGUUGUCGUGUAGUAUACAUUCUGUGCGCGGUAUCAAACACUCAACGAAAAUGGGAAAUACAGUUAAAAUAAUAUGCGAAAGUAACUUUUGGAUUUGUCAAUUUCAACAUUAACAUCUGAAAUUUUAAAUUAACUAUUAAAUAAAAAGAAAUUUGUUGUACGCAUACGCAGCAAUCGGAAGCUCACGCGUUUCCUGAUAAACUUCGAAAUAUAUAGAGGCACGUUUUACGCGGAAACAUCGUGUUCUCUUUCAUUUUAACAUAAAAGAAUAUGUAAGUAAACGUAUAUAUGAACGUUAUACAAUUCUACACAAUGUUAACGUAAAUAUCGUACUGGACCGAUAGGACUCGAAGAUGUGUUAAUAAACAGCAAGAUCUAUAACGAAA